AUGAUUCCUCCGAGCAGCACGACUGAAGUCAGCGUGGAUAGUGUGGAGAAAGAGAAUGAAGUGGAGCAGCCCCCAUCUCCAGCAUCAACUACAAGCCAGGAAUCAAAGCUGCAGAAGCUGAAGAGAUCCCUCUCCUUCAAGACUAAGACCUUGCGGAGUAAAAGCGCAGACAACUUCUUCCAGAGGACGAACAGCGAUGUGAAACUGCAAGUGGACCUGGUGCCCGAGGUGAGCCCCGGCAGCGGGCAGCUGCCCAGCCCGGAGAGCCAGGCCGCCUCCCCCUCCAGAGCCCCGCAGCUCACCGAGAACAGCAAGGCUCACAUCUUGCAGGAGCACAUCUUCAAGAAGCCCACCUUCUGUGACGUCUGCAACCACAUGAUUGUCGGGACGACUGCUAAGCAUGGGCUGCGCUGCAAGGCCUGUAAGAUGAGCAUCCACCACAAGUGUGCAGACAGCAUUGGACAGCAGCGUUGCAUGGGCAAGCUGCCAAAGGGAUUUCGACGGUACUACAGCUCACCACUGCUCAUUCAUGAACAGUUUGGCUGCAUCAAAGAAGUGAUGCCUAUUGCCUGUGGAAAUAAGGUUGACCCUGUGUAUGAAACUCUCCGCUUUGGGACUUCCUUAGCCCAGAAAACCAAAAAGGGCAGCUCUGGAAGUGGGUCUGACUCUCCCAACAGAAACUCUGCAGCUGAUUUGGCAGAAGUCCCUGAGGAAGGUGGUGGCUCAGCAGGCACCCUUGACAUAAGCAGGAAGCGCAGCAACAGCGUGUUUACAUACUCUGAAAAUGGCACAGAACACUUUGGAGAAGAACCAAAAAGCUUCCAUUCCCCGGGACCAUUUUAUAAAAGCACGUUACAAAUGAACACCUAUGUGGCCUUGUACAAAUUUGUACCCCAGGAAAAUGAAGACUUGGAGAUGAGGCCAGGAGAUAUGAUCACUCUUCUGGAAGACUCCAAUGAAGACUGGUGGAAGGGGAGAAUUGAUGACAGAACUGGAUUUUUUCCUGCUAACUUUGUUCAAAGAGUGCAGCAUGAUGAGAAGAUUUACAGGUGUGUCAGGACGUUCAUUGGCUGCAAGGAACAGGGGCAGAUAACUCUGAAAGAGAACCAGAUCUGUGUGACGUCUGAGAAGGAACACGAUGGCUUUAUCAAAGUAUACAGCGGGAAGAAGAAAGGCUUUGUCCCCAUAGAUGUCUUGGAAAACAUCUGA